UACGAUUUUUAAAAAUUCUGUACUUUGAAAGUGGUGGCGAAAUACACUAAUCCAAAAGUUAUUUUUCUAUUGAGAAGAGAGGAGGUAGAUUGUUUUUCCUCUUGAUUCCAACCUUUUCUCCCCGUGACAAAGCAUAAAUCAUGGACACCAGAAAAUAAGGUGGACCUCAGGAAUCCUGGAAAGACUGAGAAGCUUACAUUCUUCCUCAGGAGGGAAGGGUGGGGUGUUUUUAGCCCUCUCUGGAACCUAAAACGAAAAACAUGAGUUGCGUGCCAUGGAAAGGAGACAAGGCCAAAUCUGAAUCAUUGGAGCUGCCCCAGGCAGCACCCCCACAAAUCUACCAUGAGAAACAGCGCAGGGAGCUCUGCGCGCUGCAUGCCCUCAAUAACGUCUUCCAGGACAGCAACGCUUUCACCCGGGAAACGCUGCAAGAGAUUUUUCAGAGGUUAUCUCCAAAUACCAUGGUGACCCCCCACAAGAAGAGCAUGCUGGGAAAUGGGAACUAUGAUGUGAACGUCAUUAUGGCAGCACUUCAAACCAAAGGCUACGAAGCUGUUUGGUGGGACAAGCGCAGGGACGUCAGUGCCAUUGCUCUCACUAAUGUCAUGGGCUUCAUCAUGAAUCUACCCUCCAGCCUGUGCUGGGGGCCACUGAAGUUGCCUCUCAAGAGGCAGCACUGGAUCUGCGUUCGAGAGGUGGGCGGUACCUACUACAACCUUGACUCCAAACUGAAGAUGCCCGAGUGGAUUGGAGGCGAGAGCGAGCUCAGGAAAUUUCUAAAACAUCAUUUGCGAGGAAAGAACUGUGAACUCCUGCUGGUGGUACCAGAAGAGGUGGAGGCCCAUCAGAGUUGGAGGGCCGAUGUGUAACAGUUCUACCCAAGCUUCCCUCACCUCAGUCCCCUAAAUCCUCUGUGAUGUGCUGUGGCCUAUGCAGUGGGUCUGUCCUUGCCACUUCCCCAAACAUCUCAUCAGGUUUUUCAGAUUUGACAGUGCAACAGGCCAAACGUGUGGGCUGCUAAAAGAACGAACCAGCGCUACUCGUUCCUAGGAAGGGAAGGUGAGAGCUGUGAUCAGGGCAGGCGAUGGGAGACCUUUUAGUUACGAGGAGAAAAGAAGGUGGGUCCUAGCUUAUUUUCCCUUUUCCUGUGAGGACUUGACAGAGGCUCUGCUGGAGUUUACUGCUGCUGACUCAACCGGAGGUGCCGCCUCCACUUUCCCUCUCCUGGCCACUAGUGAGUCUGAAGGCACACUACAUGCAAAGUGUGACUGACUUGAAAGACCCAGAGCAAAAGGGCCUCUCAGGAAACCACCUCCAACCCCAGCAGCACUACAGCUCCAACCCUUGAUGCCCCCGCCUCACCCCGUUUCUAAGGGUGGUUUAUGGCCAUCUUUGGAAUUUUAUAAUGAAAAGUUCUCUAAUAUUCCACACUGGGUGGUUGAAUCCUACAACAUUCUAGCAUGACUGGGUGAGGUGGAUACCUAAGAGGACAUGGCCAAAGCCAGGCUGGGGCAGGUAUGAGUGACCUGUCUGCCUCACUCCAGCAUUGUCCCUGUCACUUCAUUACAUUGAUUUAAGAGACUCUGGAGCACAAGAUAAGCAAAAGGACAGUUUUCCCAGUUGACUCACUCUGGCAAAAUCUGGAAAAAGUAAGUCUGCGUUCAACAUCAAGUUUCAUGAGUUUAAGACAGUUGGGUGAAGAAAGUAUUAUGAAGAUAAGCUUCUCAGAUUAAGAACAGCUGGAAUCGGUAGAUGUUAUAGGCUCAGAGUCACUCUAGUGACAAGAAGCAGGGCCCUCAGGUUGGGUGGUUAUGUGCAUUGUAAUAGGACCUGGGUUUGUCAUCUUUCUGUAGUUUUCCUUCCAAACCGAGAAUUGACCCACCCCAAGCUCUGUAGGCCACUUUUCUCUUGCAACUUUGGAAGCGAGGAGGGAAAGUAUCAUACCACACUCUGUGCCACCAGUGGUUGUGGUGCCUCAAGGCAGGUGGGCAGGCAGGGAUGGCCUGUCUCGCCCUACAGGUCGGUGGUCUUGGCAGGUCUGAGAGCUGCCCCACUGGCCAGACUUUUCUCCAGCAGCAAAGCCAGCCUGGGGCUUGCAUGUCAAACCUGAGCAAGCUUACCGGACGAAGCUGAGGCUUUCUCCUCCCCACUGUGACUGGAGUGCAUGUUUACACCAGCACUUUUUCUGCACAUGUAUCUUCAAUCCAACAAGGCCGUUUUUUUUAUGCUGAGUAACAAGCCACCAAGCGGCUACUGCAUUACACUGUCUCAGCAACUGGCUGCAGUCUCUUCUGCACCAUUUUCUACACCAGACCUGCUUGGCACCACAGGGAGCUCUUUACCCCUGCACAAUGACAUUCCAACCACCACCAGCCAGAAGUUACAGCCAGCCUUGCUGAUAGUCACAAGCAGGACCUUGGAUCCAUUGGCACUGUCAGUGAUAGUAAGCCAUUUCCUGGGAAGAGGAAGAAACUCCUCUCCACCAAUCUGCUUGGGCUUGUGCAAAUGGCACUUCAAUGGGGUCUCCAUGCACUUGGAGUCCGUGAGCCAAUGGGAUAUGCAAAGAUGCUUAAACAUUUCAGGGCUGGUUUCUCUGUUCAUAUCCAAUUCUGGUGCUUAGGAACAGGGACCCACGCUGAUGCCCAAGGGCAAAAAGCCCAUUUCCUUUAAGGAAAAGGGCAGGCCUGGCCCUGAUGCCCAGUAAGGGGCAACCCUAGGCUUGUUUUUCUUGCUUUUAUUUUCCCCUCUUUUUGUUGGCCUUGUGCUGGGUUUGUUUACAAAAGAUGUAUUUUGUUUAACCAAAUAUUAAAAAUGGAGAACUCUGUACAUGAA